AGGCUGCAUUGUCUUAACGUGUUAUGUAACGUGUUUCUCCCAUGUCUGAAUGCAUAAAAGUAUAAAAAAAAAUAGGGAGCAAAUAAUUUUGAGUAGUGUUAAUGCAAACUGGAGUUUGAUUUAGACUUGAGAGAGGAAAAAACAAGAAUCCCAGCUGUUGUGGCAUCAUCUGACUGUCAUAUCUAGCAGAACCGAUCACACAUUUGUGAAAGUGCGUUCAUCCAGAGGAAUGGGGUGGAAACCGCUAUCGCCUGCCCGAGGGGAGGAGUCACCCACUGCUCCGGUUUCUAACUCUCGCUGCGUGAAAUAUAACCCUAAAGUGUUCAUCUCCAACUUUAAAACCAGCGUAAGGAAUUUACUCAUGGGAAACUGUUAAAGGGACUCACUUUCCGAUGGUGACCCGGACCUCUUUGGCGUUUUAUUUAUUAGGAAGUCCGCCCGGUCGCUUUUAUAAUGGAAACGUGUGUCGGGAGACGCGCUUGCCGUGUGGUUUUCACGGUCUUUCUGCUUGUCCUGAAUACUGUGAUUGCCGAAACUUACUCUCCAGACACGGACACCGAUAACCCACUGAUUACUGAAACUUUUUUAACUCGAACAAAUGGUUUAAAACAAACCUCUUCCUGGCAGGGGAGAGAGGCCACUUCAACAGCUGUGGAUCUAACGAGUGAACUGGGGGACAUGACGGACAUUCCCGCCAGUGUGUCCAUCACUGGAGAGCGAGAGGGGCAUUCAGAAAAACCUUUAAGCAUCUCUACAAAUACAGCUGACUGGAGGAUGACCUCGGAUGAUUCUACCGAACUUCUACAGACUGAUAAAGAGUUUACCCAUAAUGCCACAGUCCAGUGGGAAGGUUCAUCAGUAGCAUCGCACAGCAUCACCAGCCACCAUCCCGUAACAGAGGCUCGAACAGUGCGAGAGGUUCCCGUAACAGACCUCAAAGAUAUUGACACCACCGAUUCGGUCUCUCACACUGAUAGCACCUACAUUUCCACAACCAACCGUGUCAGAGAACGCACACUGCUCUCUGUGACCUCCAACAGCACUUCUGCAUACACUGAGGACUCCACCGACUCCAACUCCACCGAUGCUGUUUCUCAGACGUCCAGCUGGAAAGUGAGAACAUCAGGAGCCACCCAGGGCAAGGAGGAAACCGUAGAAGAUGUAUCAACAUUGUCUGAACAGACUGAGCCCACUUUUGAAGAUAAUAAUGCCACCAAUGCAACUCAAAGCCACUCUUUGGAGACUGAGCAGUCAACGUUGACCCAUGGGACUGAGUCAGAAACGGGACAAUCUAGUGUCACAGGACAGACCUUUGAGCAGGUGUCUGAUAAUGACAAUCCAAAUUCAACACCCCCUCUGACAGUGAUGCACAGAGAUGAAGGGGAAACGGACGUCACAUCGGUGAGUGGUAGGACGUCUUAUACAGAAACCAGCAAUUCUGUGUCAUCUAUGCCACCUUUUACCUCCAGAGAACACAAUGCCACUACUACAUCCCAACAGAGCCAUGAUUCCACAGUGACUUAUUCUUUGGAUACUGAUGCUUCCACUGAGUUUUCUACUGGAUCUGUUAGCUCAACUGGCAGUGAGAAGCCCGAAGGGUCUCCGACCCACACUGUGGAGGAGACAACUAUUCAGGGCCUGACCACUGCACCCCCAGUGUUCAAUGAUGUAGCCACCACAAUUGAUGACUCGUUUACGAAGUUCCUCACUGGCAAACUGCCCUUCGUCCCAAAAACUGAUGAUCAGACCAACACAGAAGUGGUGCCAACAUCUGCCAUGCCAGCAACUCAGAGGCCACUGGUUACAGAGGAAGCCACUGAAGAGGCUUCUACAGUUUUCAGUUCUACCAAGACUUUCACUACAAUGAUUCCUCCUGUCACCACCCAUCAGCUCCAACCGAGCACCACACCACAAGCCCAAACAGAACGCACUACCAUUGUUACCACAGAUAUUAUUCAGGUUCUGCGGACGACACUCACCACAGCCCAGCGCCCACUUACCUCGCCUACUGGUGGACCACUGGCACCCAGUACAUCUGAUUCUGCUGACGUCACCACCGUGCAUUUAGAAACCAGCACAGCAACGCCAGGGAACACUACUGCACAUGGCGGACGUGCAACAACACCUUAUAGCAAGAACACCCCAACCAAGACCACUGUGGUGGUAACCACCAAGAAUCACACAGACAGAAGCACCACAGAGAUGGGAAUGACAACCACGCAGAUCCCUUUUAGGUCAACAGAAUCACCAGAUCAUGUGUGUGGGGCUCAAGCCUGUGCAAAUGGAGGCCAGUGUGUUAGAUCAGCUUGUCAGUGUCUGCCUGAAUGGACAGGACCCUUCUGCACGGAAGAUGUUGAUGAGUGUGUGAAUAGUCCGUGCCCCCAGGGUUCAGUGUGUGUCAACACACAUGGCUCUUUCAGCUGUCAAUGUGCCCUGGGCUCUGACUUGGAGGAUGGCCGCAGUUGUACACAAGUAAAGACAUUUUUGGGCACUUUCAUCGUCAACACCUCAAUGCAUCACAGAAGUUCAGGUCUGGAUGAGCUGCGCACAGAGAUUUCACUGCUGCUCAGUGCCUCGCUCUCCAUCUUUCAUGGUUACCGACGCUCCACUUUGCAUCAAAAAGAUGGUGUGCAGAUCUCAGCAGUGAACAUGUUUUCAUCCUCCUCCAAUGUGACCAGCAUGGACAUCAACGAAAGCAUCCAGAUGUUCCUGAGAAACUGCAGCCGGACAUACUCAAACUGCACCGUUAAGCUUCAGCACCAUCUCCUCUAUCAAGCGGAGAGCCUGUGUGUAGCCCAGGAGACCGAGUGUGAUAAGUCGUACUCUGAGUGCACGGACACUAGCGGGACUCCAUACUGUCAGUGCAAACCAGGAUACUUUAAAAAGAAUCUAGGGGACAUGACCUGCAGAGACUGUGGAGAUGGGCAGAAGCUUGUUAAUGGCAGCUGUGUUGAGUGCGUGUUUGGAUUUGGAGGUUUCAACUGCAAUAAUUUCUAUAAGCUGAUUGCCGUGGUGGUUUCCCCUGCUGGAGGAGCUCUUCUGUUGAUUGUCGUCAUUGCUCUUAUAGUCACCUGCUGCAAAAAGGACAAAAAUGACAUCAACAAAAUCAUUUUCAAAAGUGGAGACCUUCAGAUGUCGCCCUACGCAGAGUUUCCUAAGGGUAAUCGUGUGUCUAUGGAAUGGGGCCGAGAGACUAUUGAGAUGCAGGAGAACGGCAGCACCAAAAAUCUCUUGCAAAUGACAGACAUUUAUUACUCGCCUGCACUGAGGAACUCUGACCUGGAGCGUAAUGGCCUGUAUCCUUUCUCCGGCCUCCCCGGUUCGAGGCAUUCCUGCAUCUACCCUGCUCAGUGGAAUCCUUCCUUCAUAAGCGACGAUUCACGGCGAAGAGACUACUUUUGACUGCCUCACCCAGCAGGCGUGCAAUCUGAUACUGCAUAUAAGCUCUUUCUCGGCAUGGUUGCACUUGUCGCAGAUCCUGGAGCUGGAUACUGACCACUAAAGGCCUUUGAAUGUGAAAAUGAGCUGGCAGGAAAAGACCAUUAUCUGUGAGACUGGAAAAAAGCCGCAGAGGCCUGUCGGGGUCAAUUUAGCAUUUGAACACAGUGCCACAAUAGGACUUUAGUUUCUGGUGUGGAGCUGAUGAACCGAUGUUCUCAUAGCUCCUCGCAGAGCGUUUAUGCUUAAGUGGAAGUCGGUGAAUUUAGAAUAACACAUAAGAUGCCUGAGCUACAGUAUAACUUUUAUAUUAUAAAAGUUUGCACUAUGAACUCUUCAGAUUUAGAUAUUAUCUCAAAUGGAAAAAGCCAUAAAUGUAUCAUAUUUAUACUUGGAAUAAUGUACCCAACUGGUUUGUACUGUGUUUUGUGAGUGAUGGUUUAUCUGGAUGUCUGUUUGUGUAUGUUAGUCAUUGUCAAGGGAUUGUUUAUUCCAAAAUGAAAAUUCUGAUAUCAUGUACUCACCCAAAACUCAUUGUUUCAUUUCUAGGUUGAACGACAAAAGAGUUACUAACAGAAUGUUGUCUAUAAAAUAAUUUCAGACUCUUUUUCCUGGCAUAGGGAUUCAGAUCACUUGGAUUAUACUGCAUAAGUCUUACUGACCAUUAUUAGGAUGUUUUAUGGUGCUUUCUAGAGCAUAAGAUCCCUAUCCCUUACACUGUAUGGAACAGAGCAGUGUGAACAUUGUUUAAAACAUCUUUUUUGUUCCAUGUUGUAAAAAUGGAACAAUAUGAGGGUGAGUAUAUGAUGACAUGAUGACAUUUUUGGAGUAAACCAUCCUUUUAAUGCGUUGUAGUGGUGUGGUUUUUAUCAGAGAAUUGUUGUGAGAUUUACGCUGGAGAACUAAACCUGUGUAAAGCUGGUAGGAUUUUGAAACACAAUAUUACUGGAUGCAGCAUUGGUGUGAAAUGUAGCAAAUAUUGCAACAAGGUAUUACCGUUUGUUUGAACAACAGUAAUAAUCAUAAAAUGCAGUGCUGCCUUGUUUGUUUCCUAAUUUAUUUUAUUUAAGUUUUCUGUUUCAGAUAAAGAUACUGUAGUCAUAUCUGGAGGACCUCCCAUGUGUUUGAAUGGAUGCUUGGUGGUGCAUGGAUUUCACCUGGUUCCAGGUGUCUAUUUUAUCUAAUGUGUGUUCUUGUGAGUUGUGCUUUAUUUGUAAUCUUUAAUAUCAGAAACUGCUUUCCUCAUUAGCAUUUUUCCCCUCCUCUGUGGAUGGUCAGUUGAAUCUGGCGUUGUAGUCAGAAUUGUAUUGUACAAUAAAAGAGAAAUAAAGUUUGA